UUUCAGAUGUUCAGUAUUAUGUCGAAGUCACGAGGUUCGGUUGCAUUCAGGUUAAUCGCGAAUUGCAAGAAACUGCAUUCCAUUAAUUCCACAUUGCCGUGCUCUACGAAGAUCGCUCACAAGACGAAAAUCGUUCAAGAUUCAAUUGGAUUGCAUUCGCGGAUACAGCAACAGUGCACAAUGAGUGAUAUAGAUAAAACUUUGUAUACUUUGCCAAACGAUCAACCUGUUGUCGCUCUGGAAUGCGACACUGCCUUCAAAUCUUUGACACAAAAGGAAAAAUUGUAUGCUCAUUACUUGAGCCAAGCGGCAUGGAACGGAGGAUUGAUAGUACUAGUACAGACAUCGCCGGAAUCUCCACUGAUAUUUGCAUUGUUGCAAAAAAUAUUUCUCUCAGAAUCUCUCGAAGACUUAAAAAACUCUUCAGUUCGCGCUGGUGUUACUCAGGAGCAAUUUAUGGCUUUCUUAGUUUACAGUUCUGGGAUUUUUGCAAAUGCAGGCAACUAUAAGGCCAUGGGCGAUACUAAAAUUAUCCCCAAUAUUCCGAAAGGUUUAUUGGAGGCAAUAAUAAAAUCUUCAAAAGCUUACAAGACUAAUUCUAAGGAGAUGCAAGAUCUAUGGAAUAAAAUAUCAGAACCCAUGUUUUCCUUAAAGGGUAAAUUAAAAUCAUUGGGAUUGGGUGACAAAGGUAUCACAACUUAUUUCUCUGCAAACUGUACUAAAGAAGAUGCUGACAAAGUCAAUGCAUUCAUGCAACAUAAAGGAUUAGAAUCCUGUAACGCAAGAUGUUUCAAGACAGUAGUGAAAGAUCCCGCAAGUAACGAUAAUAUUAAUAUGUAUGAAAUCAAAUUAGCAUCAGUAGAGACGUCAGAUAAUCCUAAAGUAACACUGCCCGAGGAAACAUUCGAAAAUGCCAAGUUUAAAAUUACAAGAGGAGAUUACAGCAAACUCUUGGUGCCUGUUGUGGAAAACCUUCAGAAAGCUAAGGAGUACGCGUCGAACCAGACUGAAAAAAAUAUGCUGGAAAAAUACAUCGAACAUUUUAAAACAGGAUCUUUAGACGAUCAUAAGGAUGGUUCUCGUCUUUGGAUAAAGAAUAAAGGACCGUCUAUCGAAACCUAUAUCGGCUUCAUUGAGACGUAUCGAGAUCCCGCAGGUCAACGAGGAGAAUUCGAAGGCUUUGUAGCGAUGGUGAAUAGACAAAUGUCUGAGAAAUUCGCUACACUAGUCAACAGAGCCGAAGAAUUUAUCCCCAAGCUGCCUUGGAACAAGGAUUUCGAGAAGGACACAUUUUUGAGACCGGAUUUUACCUCCUUAGACGUUCUAACAUUCGCAGGUUCUAGUAUUCCGUCGGGAAUAAACAUCCCAAAUUACGAUGAAAUUAGACAAUCCGAAGGCUUUAAAAAUGUAUCGUUAGGAAAUGUUAUACCUGCUCAUUUGAAGGAUGUCCGUACGAUUCCAUUUUUAUCUGAUGCUGAUCAAGCGUUGAUGCAUAAGUAUAGGGUAGAUAGCUUUGAGGUGCAAGUUGGUCUUCACGAGCUUCUCGGUCAUGGUACCGGUAAAUUAUUUAAACAGAUGGGACCGGAUAUAUACAACUUUGAUCAUGACACUGUGAUAAAUCCUCUUACUGGUGGUAAGAUAGACAAAUUCUUUUUGAAAGGAGAGACUUACGAUUCUAAGUUCGGCUCUCUGGGAUCCACAUACGAGGAGUGCAGGGCGGAGGCAGUCGGUCUUUAUUUGAGCUUGGAGAAAGAAACGAUGAAAAUAUUCGGUCACGAGGGACAGGUAGCGGAGGAUAUAAUCUACGUGAACUGGUUAUCUCUGCUGUGGAGUGGUUUUGCAAAGGCUUUCGAGAUGUAUCAACCGUCCACGCAAACGUGGUCUCAAGCUCACUCUCAAGCGCGUUAUGUCCUGCUCAGAGUGUGCCUGGAAGCAGGUCAGGAUUUCGUCAAUGUUGUCGAAACUGAGGAAGGAACCAACCUCCGUAUAACUGUCGAUCGAAGCAAAAUCUUCACGGUCGGCAAAAAAGCCGUCGGAGAUUUUCUCCUGAAGCUGCAAGUUUAUAAGAGUAUGGGAGACUUUGAGUCAGCUAAGAAAAUGUACGACAGAUACAGCGAGGUACCUGAAAACGGACCAUAUCCAUGGGGUAGCUGGAGGGACUUAAUCCUGUCUCGCAAAGAACCAAGGAAGAUCUUCGUUCAAUCAAAUACAUUUAUUGACGACCUUGAUUCUAAUAAUGUGAUACUGAAAAAUUAUGAGCCGUCGUUCGCGGGGCUUAUUCAAUCAUGGAUAGAAAGAUUCCCAAGUUUAGACGUAUCUGAAACGUUGAUAGAACUCUGGGAAAAAGACAAACAACAUUUUGAGUCGGAAUAUUAAAAUAUUUGUCCAAACUAAAUCGUUAAAAAUUUCAUAUAACUCUGUAUGCUCUUUCGUGUCUGGCUAUUUACCAGAACAGCAGAUGUUACAUGUUCAGAAAUAUUACUUUUUUACGCUUUAUUUUUUACUAAAGUAUCAAUGGUCGCGUUUUCAUU